AUGUCUCCGCAGUUUGAACUGAAUGCAGACAUUCGGCGAAUGACUAGUAUGCCCUUCGUUUUACACUGGAGAUCUCAGCAAGUCCCCAAUGCUCCUGGUGCAAUUGAGCCAUUAAUGAAUGGCUAUGAAGCCAAUGCUGAUGAAGCUGUCGCCGAUGCGACUGUCGCUAAUGUCAGAAAUCUACCAGAGGCAGUGGUAGAUUCUACGUCCAACGAGGUACCAGUUGCUCAGGAUGAGGCCAUCUCGCCCAUAUUUAGAGAGGGCGGAAUCCUGCAUGGGAUUAUGGUCCUCCGUGGCGCCACAGGGCGCAAAACUUACCGCUUGGACCCUAACGUCCCUAAGAAACCAUCAAAAAUACAUGGGCACAACAACAUCGCAGUGGGCACCUGGUUCGCCAAUAGACUGGUUGCACUUCAACGUGGCGCUCACGGAUCAAGUAUGGCGGGCAUAUGCGGCAACGUUGGUGCCGGUGCCUAUUCUAUCGUGGUCUCAGACAACUAUGCAGACCUCGAUGAGGAUCAAGGAGACGUCCUCUUCUAUUCCGGCUCAAAUAGCCAUAGCAACCUGGAUCCAACGCGACCAGCACCAUCCACCGCAAACACCAAAGCUCUGAAGGCAUCGCUGAACACAAGACGUCCUGUGCGUGUGUUACGAUCAGGUAAAGCGCGCUCGGGAAAUCAUUGGGCACCCGAGUGUGGUCUCCGGUAUGAUGGAUUAUACCGAAUUGUCGCGUUGAGAGAACGCGUCAAUAGUAAAGGUGGAUUGUACGAACAGUUCGUCCUUCAUCGAGAGCCGAAUCAGACUCCCUUAGAGACACUACGCCGUACUUCACCAACGGCACAAGAGAAGCGGGACCUAGCGGAGUUCCAACGAGGAUAGUGAAGUGAAGAUGGGUCAAUCGACUUUGUAGCGGAAUUGUCGAGGCCGUCUAUUUGUGAGAGCAUGUCGCACGCGCUGCACACGUCGAGCUGAGGGCUAAAUUCGCAAAAGCUUCAGGGUCAGAAAGGUCAUACCUAUAUACCUACAUUCAUCUGAGAGAGGGCUUCCUGC